UUGAUUAUUGUUUACUUUGUGAAAAAAUAUUUGUAUUUUUUUGUAAGAAUUUUCCGAGUAUUAUUUAUACAGAAUAAGAAAAAUGAAUGAAGUUGUACGUGGAGAAGCUUCAGAAUCUGAAGAUGAACCCAUGGAUUUAAAUAUCAACCAAAAGCGAGUAUUUGCUGCAGAAGUAACUGGUGAAGCAUCUGAAUCGGAUGAAGAUGUAUAUGACAAAAGUUUGGACGGUAGUAGCAUGGAAUCUAAAAAUAAUGUCGAUUCCUUGUACAACAACAAUUUAUUGCAACGAAAAUUAAUUGAAAAUAAUUUAUCAAUUUGGCGUAGUUUAAACAUGUAUGUUAAAAAUAUUGUUACCUCCGCCUCUAAACAAUUGUUGUCCACCGAUCAAUUGCUAAUUAAAUCUCAAACCUCCAUGCAAUCCGUCUUAGUGACACUUAAUCAAACGCAGGCCAAUAUGAAACAACUGUGUGACAAAACUGACGCAGUAUUUACAACCAACUUUAUUCCAAAUAUAAAUGUACAAAUAAACAAAACAUAAUGGAAAAUAUGAAACACACACUUACAAAAUCUGUUUACAUAAAAUAAAAUUAUACAACAUUUUUAUAUAUUUAAAAUAAAUAA